AUGGCUUCGAGCAACAUCCUACAUCUUCCCUUCCGUCGCACGCACAAUGUGUCGGUGGCCGAAGCCAUCAAACGCUACAUCUCGACCAAAUAUGACCAGCACCCGGACAUGUUCACAGCAGACCUCGAACAAAUAGACCAUCUCAGACAUGCCGCCGUUCACGCCCUGGAGCCUCACACAAGUGGCCUCCGCAAGCUCCAGCAGUAUGCUGCUCAGCUCGUCUGGAUGGGUGCAAAAUUCCCCGUCGACAUUGGUCUGGAGUUCGUUUGGUAUCCUGCGCUAGGUUACAAUACCCAGCGGCCCAUCUCUCAAGACAACAUUCGCUUCGAACUCGCCAACAUCCUUUUUAAUCUUGCCGCCAUGUAUUCCCAACUGGCCAUGUCAUCCAACAGAAGCACUAGCGAUGGUCUGAAAGCUGCUUGUAACUACUUUUGCCUUUCUGCUGGUGUCAUUUCGCAUCUCAAGACGACCAUUGUCCCAGACAUGAGGACUGCUCCACCAGAAGACAUGGACACUUCCACUCUGGAGAGCUUGGAAUACCUUAUGCUUGCUCAGGCCCAAGAAUGUUUCUGGCAAAAGGCUGUGAAAGAUGGACUCAAGGAUGCCAGUAUAGCAAAGCUCGCUGCUAAGGUCAGCGACUUCUACAACGAGGCUGGCGACUGGGGCAUCAAGAGCGACUCUGUCAGCAGUGAAUGGAUCCACCACAUGAAUGCCAAGCACCACCACUUUGCCGCUGCUGCUCAAUAUCGCGCUGCUUGCGACUGUCUCGAGAAAAGAAAGUACGGUGAAGAGGUUGCCCGUCUACGCGACAGUCUAAAGUGCGCCGACGAAGCUCUGCGCGAGGCUAAAUAUGUCAACAAGGCUGUUCAAGACGAUCUGAACGGCUUGAAAACAAGAGUCUCAGAAGACCUCAAGAGAGCCGAGAAAGACAAUGACAUGAUCUAUCUACAGCCCGUGCCGCCCAAGUCUGAGCUUAAAACGCUUGACAGAGCGAGUAUGGUCACAGCCAGAGUACCCAAGGAAGUCUCCGAACCAUUGACCAUGCUCGGAGAUCAUGGAGAACUUGGUAAACCGCUGUUCUCGAAGCUCGUGCCAUAUUCGGUACAUGUUGCGGCAAGUAUCUAUGCUGACCGUAGAGAUCGUCUGGUCAACAACACCAUUGUCCACGAACUCGAAGAUCUCACUGUCAAGAUUCACGAGCUCUUACAGUCCAUUGGACUUCCCGGAUCUCUGCAGGCUCUAGAAAAGCCGCUCGGCCUGCCCCCAAGUGUCGCUAGCCAUGCUGAGGAGAUCCGGCAAAUGAACGGUAUCUACAGACUUCAUGGCGCCAUGGCUGACACAGAAAAGCUGAAGAACAGCGACCGUGCAACAUACCAAGAAGGUGUCGAGAUGCUGCGCGCUGAGGCAGCCGAGGACGACGCUGCGCGACGAAAGUAUGGAACUGACAGAUGGGCAAGACCACCCUCAAACGAAGCCUCCCGCAAAUUGUACGCUCAAGUCACCGAGAUUGAUGGUUAUCUCAAACAAGCAGCGAACAGCGACAAGCUCGUGCAGAAGAAGUUGAAGGAUAACGAGACUCUGAUCCGUUUGCUCGCGGGCACAGAUCGUGAUCUUGAAGACUAUGUCCCAAGCAGUCGGCGCGCAACCAUGACUACCAAGGUCGAGAGGGAAGCAAACAACCUUCGUGCUGUGCUCAAUGAUAUUGCCCGUUUUGAGAAUCGUCGCAAGCGUAAAAUCGAGGAUAUACGGACAAAGGCAAAAGCAGAUGAUGUCAACGCCGAACUCCUUCGUGAGGCCGCGCGUCUUGAGAGGGAGUACCCCAUGCAAAAACUCGAGGCAAUACAGUUCGAAAGCUUCUUCGAUCAAAGACUAGAGAAGUAUACCGCAGACCGUAACGGCAUUAAUGCGGAAAGUACCGAGCAAGACGAACUGCUUGAACGUGUACAACAGGCAAACAGCUCAUUUACCGUUGCCAGAAAAGGAGACACCUCCACAAAGGACCGUGAGCAAGCUUUACAAAACCUGGAAAAUGCGUAUCUGGCCUACAAGGAAAUUAUCUCAAACCUUGAGACUGGUCGCAAAUUUUACAACGACCUUGCCAGCAUAGUCACACGCUUCCGCGAUGACUGUCGCAACUUCGUCUACCAACGACGCGCCGAAGCUUCAUCUCUGGAGAACGACGUGAGCACUUCGAUGGCUCAAAUGAGUCUGCAAAAUGCCAAUCAAACCAACUUGCGCCAGCAGAAGCAGCAGGAGGUUUUGAAGAAUCAACAGCAACCCCGUGCAACGCAACGGACAGGCCCGCCGCUAGCAGCGCCCCUGCCCACUAGAGCCAAUGUCGCUCCUCCCCCUAUAGCGGCCGUAUCGCCUGCUCCGGGCAUGUGGACGCCAGAGAUGGGUAUUCGAUUCGGAGGACCCAGCGCUGCGGCGUCGCCGGCCAACAAUGAAGGUGUUCCUUCCAAGCCCGUGGCGCGCGACAAUAGGUGGGACCCCAGCUCGCAAAAUAUCCAAUUUAGGUAG